CAAUCGGUACGCUACGCUCGGAUUCCGAGAAGUAGAACUCAUCCCACCACAAUCCUUAUCAACAACAUCUAUCUGAUCCUUAGAAUCGAUUAAUCCAAUCUAAUCAAAUUUACUCUGAGCAAAUAGAAGCUAAAUCAAGUUAAGUCAAGUGUCAAGUCAAGUCAAGUCAAUUUGGGUAUCAGAACAAGACACCAUGGUAACUCUGACCAGCGAGAACAGCAGCACUGAGCACACUCCCACGGUUACUACAUGUAGUACUGGUAUGAAGGUCGUCAAGAAAGAAGAGUGCUUGGAAGAGGGUGAUUUUUCCAGCCGUCAAUUCAACAAUGACGCAAGUGGAGAUGGUAUGCACACUGGAAAUGGUGGUACACGUGAUUUGUACACGGAACUGGAAGUGGCCAAGAAAGAAGAUCGUUGGGUCUUUUGGUUGCGGAUCUUGACAACCUUGGUGUUGCUGGCUGUUGCCGUGACUGUGUGUGUGGUGGUCUAUUUGGAAGGCAGGAAGAGCGAAACCAAGUCUUUUGAGCAGGACUUCUCUGACUUGGGAGAAAAGAUGGUUCAAAGCUUUGAAGCCAAGGUUGAACAACGCUUUGGUGUUAUCGAUGCUUUUGCAGAGUCCGUCACCUCGGAUGCCAAUCAUUCUUUCCCCUAUGUCACUCCUCCCAAUUAUGCAUUUCGAGCGGAAACCGCUGCCACUCUGGCACAGCUCUUCUUUAUCAUUUUCAUUCCCAUUGUGCAGAAAGAGCAACUGGAAACUUGGAAUCAGUAUGUACAACAAAAUGAACAACAAUGGAGAGUCGAAGGAUGGGCACAAGUCAUCGGAGCCAAUCCAGAAGAUGUCAACGUCACUGACGUUGGAUUUUAUCCCAUGCCUCCUCAGAUGAUGAACUUUCACAAUCCAAAUGGACCUGGUCCGGUACAAAAAGUCACUCCCGAUCAUACACUGUUCUAUCCAGUUUGGUGUACUUGGCCUCUCAAUCCUUCAAGUGCUGCCAAUGUUGACAUGUAUGGAGAUGUAGAUCAUCGAGUCACCAUUGACACUACUUUAGAGACUGGAAAACCGACCUUUGAAGUCAGCCAUGACUACCUUGAUGAGGAAACAGAAAAAGAUGGAAGAUAUGGACUGCUCAAGAGCAAUCGGAAUUUCGAUUAUCAAGAUGAUCCUCAUGCUUUGGCUUGGUUUCCCAUUUUUGACAAGUUCUCCUACAUAGACUCGAACUCGGAUCCAGAUCCGCCAAGAGUCAGUGGUCUAUUCCUCGUCAUCGUCUAUUGGAGAACUUACUUUGACGACCUCCUCCCUCCAGGAUCUGAUGGCAUCUUUGUCAUUCUAGAGAAUACCUGUGAUCAAGUCUACACUUAUCGAGUUGAUGGAACAUCCUCUCUCUUUGUGGGACACGGCGAUCUCCACGACCCCAAGUAUGACUAUCUCGAAGCUGGAACCUCCAUUGGAAACGUUAUCAACGCAACAGUCCCAGAUGACAACCAGAAUGGAUGCCAUUACAGCAUCCGAGUAUACCCCUCACAAGACUUUGAAGAUGAUCAUCGAACCGACAAGCCAUGGAUCUACGUUCUCGUGUUGGCAUCGCUCUUUCUCUUUACGUCCGCUGUCUUUCUCAUCUAUGAUAACAUGGUCGAACGGCGACAGAAAAUUGUACUCCAAUCGGCACAACAAUCUGGAAAGCUCGUCAGUACACUCUUUCCCGAAGACGUGCGGGAUCAACUCUAUCAAGAUCAACAAGAAGAAGCCCAAAAGAACCAAAAACGAAAGGGAUGGGAAAACAAGACUGUUUCAAACAACCCCGCCACAGAUGCUCUCGUCAAUAGUAACGCCUCGCCCUUGGACAGCAAUAUGGAACUUGGAAAAAAGGUCAUUGCCAGUUUGUACCCCGAAAGCACCAUAUACUUUGCGGAUCUAGUGGGGUUUACUUCCUGGUCUGCCAAGCGCACUCCCGUCGAGGUCUUCCAGUUGCUGGAGACGUUGUAUGGAGCAUUUGACAACGUUGCGCUCAAGCGUGAUGUAUUUAAAGUGGAAACCAUUGGAGAUUGUUAUGUUGCCGCAACAGGCCUGCCCCAGCCCCAGCCAAAUCAUGCAGUUAUAAUGUGUAAAUUUGCAACGGAUUGCAUGAACAAAAUGAAGGUGAUAGUGUCAUCUCUGGCCGACACAAUGGGAGAAGAUACCGCUGAUCUGGCCAUGCGUGUGGGGCUUCAUUCUGGACCAGUGACCGCUGGCGUUCUGAGGGGCCAAAAAUCUCGUUUUCAGCUCUUUGGUGACACGGUGAACACAGCAUCUCGAAUGGAAUCCAAUGGCCUACCGCAUCGCAUCCAUGUCUCGCAGGAAACAGCUGAUGCUCUCCGUGCCAAGGGCAAGGAAGUGUGGUUGACACCACGUCCAGACAAAGUCCAAGCUAAAGGCAAGGGGCUUUUGCAGACCUAUUUUGUAGACACAACAUCAAAGUCCAGGUCGGUUGUUUCAGGGUUGACCCUUGGAGACACAACGGUUGGUUCGGAUAUGGACAUGGACAAUGACAUGAGUCAUGCCAGUGGCAGCACUGAGAAUGCUCCUCAGCACAGCCAUUUACCGGAUGACCUGGCAGGAUUGACAAUAGUCGGUGCUGGAGGAGUGGUUGCCAACGAGCACAGCAACCAUGAUAGUGAUAUUACUGGUCGAGGUGAUGAAACGCAAGGCACUGCUCUAGGACGUGAAUUUGAGGUGUGAGCGUUGCGCACUGGAACAACGGAAUGACAGCUAGCCAAUGCAGUGGCUGCUAAAUACAUAAUAAGAUACUACUAUUCGUUGCUAG